AGCGCCGCACUGCAGUUUGUAAAGUUUGCUGUGUCGCUAGCGGACCGAUGGACAGAAGUGAGUCCGUGUCCCGGUAACCGACCGAGCCCCAGAUGGAUGACAUCAAUGUACUGCACCACAGAUGCCUCCUGAACCUCAGGCGUCGAAUCAGAGAUAUUGGGGACGGGCGCCCCGCACAGGAGCGAUACAUGAGGCUGCAGAAGGAUGGAGACGCUCUCAGUUACCAAGGGAACUCUGAAGAAGUGGGUUGCUAUGUGGCUGGUCAUCCUCUAUCAAAGGGAAACUGUUACUUCGAGGUGACGAUAGUGGACACAGGGGUGAGGGGAACCAUCGCUGUGGGCCUGGUGCCUAAAUUCUACAGGCUGGACCACCAGCCUGGCUGGCUGCCAUACUCUGUAGCUUACCACGCUGACAACGGCAAACUGUACAAUGGAAACCCAGUGGGGCAGCAGUUUGGACCGAAAUGUGCUCGCGGUGACCGCGUCGGCUGUGGAAUCCACUCCGAAAAUACAGAAGCAGGUUUCUCAACAGUCUUUUUCACCAAAAACGGCAAAGAGGUGGGUUCAGUGGAGGUUCCUGUGUUGGCGGAGGGGCUGUUCCCCGCGGUAGGGAUGCACUCCAUGGGGGAGGAGGUGAAGGUGGACCUGCAGGCUGAGUGGUUCCUGGAGGAGGAUGAGAGCAUGAUGAUGGUUGACAGCCAUGAAGACGACUGGGGUCGGCUUUACGACGUCAGGGUGAGCGGAACGCUCUUGGAGUAUGUUGGCAAAGGAAAGAGCAUCAUGGACGUGGGUUUGGCCCAGGCCCGGCAGCCCCUGACCACCCGCUGCCACUAUUAUGAAGUAGAGAUCGUUGAUGCCGGGGAGAAGUGCUACAUUGCCCUGGGUUUGGCACGAAGGGACUACCCCAGGAACAGACACCCGGGCUGGAGCAGAGGGUCGGUGGCCUACCAUGCAGACGAUGGGAAGAUCUUUCACGGCAGCGGCGUCGGCGACGCGUUCGGCCCUCGCUGCUUCAAAGGCGACAUCAUGGGCUGUGGCAUCAUGUUCCCACGGGACUACAUCCUGGACGGAGAAGGCGACGUGGACGACUGGGAUCGUCCGGAGCUCCGUCCAGGUCCUGCAGGCGUCCAGAACGUCCUGUACCUCAACGCAGAAGAGGAAGAGGAGGAGGAGGAGGAGGAGGAAGACGGGGAGGAGGCAGAGCAGGGACAGGAGGGAAGGAAGGUCACGGUGUUCUUCACAAGGAACGGGAAGCUGAUGGGCCGGAGGGAGAUGCUGGUUCCCCCUGGUGGCCUCUAUCCCACCGUGGGGAUGCUGAGCAGCGGCGAGAAGGUGAAGGUGGAUCUGCAUCCUCUCAGCGGCUGAGCUCAGGGACUCGGACUCGUGACGCCCUGCAAACAGCUGGCUGCGCUGUAGAGCUCACCCCCGGUAGCCUAGCAUGCUGCUCACACUCACCAGAACACACGCAGAUCAGCUGCACACAUGCACGUCCCCCCCCCCCCCCGGCUUUUAUUUAUAUAAGAAACACACAAUCAUAAGCAGGAGCACCACCGGGGCCCCCUCCUGGUUGUGUGGUAGCAGAGAUCCUGGGUGACGUGAGUCCGGGAGCAGGCGACUCCUGACAGACGUUGAACUGUGGAUUCUAUGCAACCGUCUCUGCUGUGGUCCUCUGGUCCUCUGGUCCUCUCGUCCUCUCGUCCUCUGGUCCUCUGGUCCUCUCGCCUCGUUCUGCACGAAGCUCGUCUCUGGAACACUGAGCUGCUCCCCCCCCCCCCGCUCCCGAGACUCACGGCCUCUGUUCAGCUCGUCACGGCCCCAAAGCAAAGCAGAGCGAGGCCAACAGUUGUGCCGAGUCAGAGCUCGUUGGCACUUUAUGUUUCAGGUGACCGAGCCUCCCUCCCUCUCUCUCCCUCCCUCCCUCCCUCCCUCCCUCUCUCUCUCUCCCUCCCUCCCUCAGCCCGGCUCCUCUCCUCUCUCUGGGUGACACUGCCCCCUGGUGAGCGAUCAGGGAGUUGCUGCUCUGGAUCCAUUUCAUCUUAUAUCUCAAACCAAACAUGCGAUUCUGCUCCUGAGAGCGGAUCAAUAGAUUUGUGAUUAUUUUUCUAGUCUCGUGUUGGAAACGAUCAAACGAACACAUCAGGAAUAUUUUCUACAAGGAAUCUGCUAAAUACAUAUUUAAAUUAAUCUUCUAUGUCAACGGUUCAGGGAGCGUGUUUUGAUUUUGCACUUUGACUAUGUGACGUGGGGGAGACGUGCAAACCAGUGGGGGGACAGAAUAACAGACAACUUCCAGUAUGAUACAGUCCAAUAAACCAGAGCUAUGUCAGGACCCGCCACGUCCCCCCACGCCCCCCCCCCGGUAUUUGUCCUGAGGGACCUGAACACAAGUGAUGAGAGUUUAAAACAUGAUACGUCCUGGAUGCGUCUCCUGUGAAGUCGUUUGAUCGGAUCUCACAAAUAAUGUUUUUAUCCCGUCAGAGUUUCCAGAUGUUUGUGUGUGUGUAGGCGUGAGGGAGAGAGAGAGAACCAACGUGCUGCUAUGAAGAAGGAAGUAACUUUUUUAAAAGAUUGACAGGCGUCAGAUCUCAGGACGAGUUUGGGUCGAUCACACUUGACGUUCAGGGACCAAACACUCGUGAUCAGAUCCCUCAGGACAGAAGUCCCCACGACCCUGAGAGUCUGAUCUGGAGUCACCAGAGUCAGAGCUGUGGAACUGGAUCAUACUCUCACUGUCUCUGUUAUUCUGACACGUAGACGGUUUCACUCUUUUUCCAUUUUCUCCCUGUUUCACCUGUGAAGUCAGAAUAAUGUCGUGUUUGGCUGGAAAGUUAAAAGUUCGUCUCUUGUCUUGUGUUUGAUUUAAAGGGAACGAUUUUAAUUCAUCAGCUGAACGGGUUAACCAAAACCUUCAUCAAGUCUCUCAUGGUUAUCUGUGUGUGUCUGUUUCUGUGUAGUUUAACCACGCGUUCCUCUGCCCCCCCCCCCCAAAAGGUGCACACAGCAGGUUCUUGUUGUGGUGUCGUUUUGCAUGUCGACCAGCGAGGAUCCUGAGAGCAGUAACACUAACAUGCUGUAUAAUCACGACACAGGGUUUAACUGUUGAAUCACAAAUCUGCUGGAGAUCGUACGUUUGUUUUUAGCUGUUGUGCGUUGGAUUUUGGAGCCAUCGAUGAAAUGUGUAAGAAUUGUGUAAAUCAGUGUGUUGUUUUUGUUGUCCUGCAGGGCCGGAUAGAGACUUGUGUACACGUCUGAACUGUAAAACUGAAGCUAGACAGUGCAAAGAUAUUAAUGUGACACUGAUGUGGACGUUUCCUCCACAUCGACGUUCAGGGUUUUAAAGUCACUCGUAUUUAAGUUUACUCAGAAUCUCAGUUUACAACAGAAAUGACAUUUAAACCAAAUUAGAGCGAAAUCUGGUUAAAGGUCUUUGUAGCAUCUCCUUACUUCUUCAGUCCUGUAAUAAUGAUAUUGAUAAUAAUCUCUGGCCUUGUUGACAUUGCACUAUAACGGCCUUGUCCAGUACAUGUUUGAUCACCAAUAAAAGGUUCAGUGAAGUAACAA